AUGGCAGCUUUACGAAUUUCAGCGACAUUGUCGCGUAAAGCACUCAUUACUUGUCGCCCGCGAAUCUUCAUUGGAGUUCGCGGCGUGCGCCCGUCCCAGCCAUUCAGCAAAACAACCAGCACACAAUAUUCCACAACCGCACCAUUACUGUCUCUAGCCCCUAAGGUCGAGCAUGGGGGCUCUAAGCUAUUCAAAGAUGCUGACGCCGCUGUCGCUGAUAUCAAGAGUGGAUCCACAAUUCUCAGCUCGGGCUUUGGUCUCUGCGGAGUAGCAGAAACCCUCAUUAAUGCUAUGCACCGCCGAGGCGUUGAUAGAUUACAUUCUUUAACGGCCGUUUCGAACAAUGCCGGCGCCGCCGGUAAGGGUGGGCUUUCGACACUCUCGCAGAACGGCCAAAUCAACCGCUUGAUCCUCUCAUACCUCGGAAAUAACAAAGCAUUGGAGAAGAAGUAUUUGACGGGAAAUAUUGCCAUUGAGCUUUGCCCGCAAGGCACUUUGGCCGAGCGCCUUCGGGCUGCGGGUGCUGGAAUCCCGGCAUUCUUCACGCCGACAGGUGUCCACACUUUUAUUCAGGAGGGAAAGAUUCCCGUUAGGAUGGACGAGUCUGGUAAGGUGUUGGAGUCUGGAAAGCCGCGCGAGACUCGCGUGUUCAAUGGAAAGACUUAUCUCAUGGAAGAGGCUUUGCCUGGUGAUGUGGCUAUUCUGCGGGCAUGGAAGGCUGAUGAAGCUGGCAACUGUGUUUUCCGGUACACCACCAAAGCAUUUGGUCCUAUCAUGGCCAAGGCUGCAACACUUACCAUUGUGGAGGCUGAAAAUAUCGUCCCGCUUGGAUCCAUUGAUCCUAAUGAUGUAGAUCUUCCUGGAAUCUUUGUGGAUCGAAUUGUUCCGGCGACAGAUGACAAGCACAUCGAAAUUAAGAAGUUGCGCUCUGACGAGGUUAGCGCUACUGGGUCGGCGAAGGAUGCUGCUCAGAUCCAAAGAGAGCUCAUUGGUCGCCGGGCUGCGAAGGAGCUUAAGCCAGGAUACUAUGUUAACCUGGGAGUUGGUAUUCCUACAUUGGCACCUUCUUUCUUGCCUAAGGAUGUCAAGGUCUGGAUCCAGUCAGAGAACGGAAUCUUGGGAAUGGGUGAUUAUCCCACAGAGCAACAACUAGAUGCUGAUAUCAUCAAUGCCGGCAAAGAGACUGUGACUCUAGUCCCCGGAGCUUCCACAUUUGACAGCACCGAGUCCUUCGGCAUGAUCCGCGGAGGUCAUGUCGACGUGUCUAUUCUUGGAGCCCUACAAGUGAGCGCCAACGGCGAUUUGGCCAACUACAUGAUCCCCGGCAAGGUGUUCAAGGGCAUGGGAGGAGCAAUGGACUUGAUCUCCAACCCCGACAAGACGAAGAUUGUGGUAGCCACCAGCCACGUCGCCAAGGAUGGAUCGCCAAAGAUUGUGCAAAAGUGCAGUUUGCCUCUGACGGGAGCCAAUGUUGUCAGCACCAUCAUUACGGAUUUGUGUGUCUUCCAGGUAGACCGGGCAACAGGAGAGCUUACGCUGACGGAGCUUGCUCCGGGUGUUGAGGUUGAGGAGGUACAGAGCAAGACGGACGCGAAGUUCACUAUUGCUGAUACUCUUGAGAUUAUGGAGUAG